UGCGCAGCUAACGUCUAGACCCGUUGCCUGAUUUGCAUAAAAAUUUUCUUUGUAAACCGAAGUUCAUCAAAUUUUAAUCAACGCCGCCGCCACCGCCACCGCUGCCGCCUUUGGCGUCGUUGCGGUCAGACAAUAAUCGAAGAGGCCAAAAAUAAAAACAUGUUCGACAACAUAAUGGGGCGGACCUUAUCUUGAUCUCUAGCAUAGUAGUUAAACACUUGUUCUGGGAGUGACAUUCAUGUCGGUGCUCACAGCUCCAAGUAGAACUAGAACCCCAAAGAUGCGCGCUUUCAUCGUCUUGUGUUUAGUGGCCGUUGCCACCGCCGAUAAGCUCGGCUACAACUACCAGCCGGUAGGACACUCCAGCUCAGGAUUGUCGUUCGCUCCUGGCAGCGGCAGUGGAAGUAUCGGCGGUGGAAGCCUGGGAGGUUCCCUUGGAGGACUCGGCGGUGGCUCUCUGAGCGGACUCGGUAGUGGCAACUUCGGAAGCCUUGACAGCGGUCUGGGCGGUUCAGGAUUGGGCGGCUCUGGUCUGAGCGGUCUUGGCGGCUCUGGAUUGGGCGGCUCUGGUCUGAGCGGUCUUGGCGGCUCAGGACUCGGCGGCUCUGGACUCGGCAGCUCAGGAUUCGAUGGACCCGUCGACUACAAUGCUGCUCCUUCAUCGGAAUUGAACAAGGAAUUCUUCACUUUCACCGCCAACGAGGAAGACUUCGAUGAGCCCCAGGCUUUGGAACGUGCCUCCAGCUCAGUGAACAAGGGUCUGCGCGUUGUCUUCAUCAAGGGACCCGAGAACCGUGGCCUGGAAAACGCUGCUCUGGCUUUGGCUAAGCAGGCUGCCGAGCAACAGACCGCCAUCUAUGUCCUGAACAAGCAGGCUGACAUUGGAGAUCUGGCCAGCAAGUUGAACGCUAUCCGCAGCAACAGCAACAACAAGCCCGAGGUUCACUUCGUCAAGUACCGCACUCCUGAGGAUGCUGCCAACGCUCAGCGUGCCAUUCAGUCGCAGUACGACUCUCUGGGUGGAGCCAGCCAGAACCACAACGGUGGUGUUGCCAAGGCUUUGAACUUCGCUUCGGCCCCACAGUUCCGUCAGCAGAACGCUCAGAUCCCUGAGAACUCGUAUCUGCCAUCAUCGGUGCUGCGUCGUCUGCGUUUCCGUUACUAAGUCAAAGACCAUUCAUAAUUUUUUUUGUUGACUCUGUUAUCUAUUGAUUUGUCAAAUACUUCAAAAUACACUUUUUAUUUAAAAACGAUAUAUCAAAUGUUUCUUUUACUUUAGUAUCUGGGCCAAUAUAUGUGUCAGGCGAGAUAAAGAUAAAGUCGUAGAUGCUGGCAGCGUGAAUAUAUUUUCCAUGCUUCAGAGUUGGUUGGUUGCCCAAAAAAUUGCA